AUGUCCACUUUCAGCCCCCUUAAUGCAAAGAUGCAUGGUGAUACACAUAGAACCAGCGAAUCUCAAUCAUCGACUAUAAGACCUGGCAAGACACAGUACAGGCUGAUUGAGUAUGUCGAAGACCUCGAAAGAUACAGACCCGGGGGGUAUCAUCCCUUGAAGGUCGGAGAUGACCUAGAUGACGGUCGGUAUCGACUUGUUGACAAACUUGGGUACGGAGGAUACUCGACAAUAUGGCUAGCCCGUGAUUUACAUAUGGCCAGAUAUGUUGCGGUAAAGGUUAUCACCGCCGAUGCCAGUUCAAAUGCAUCUGAGGCUAGUCUCCUAUGCUCUCUUGAUAAGUCGCCUUCUAAACCGGGACGAGAAAUUAUUCCGCCCCUCAUCGAGCAAUUCUGGGCUAUCGGUCCCAAUGGAAGGCAUAGGUGUCUCGUCACUCUGCCGGCACGAAUGAGCCUUUUCGAUGCAAAAGAAGCUUCGUCUUUCGGUCUUUUUCGUCCGAAGGUCGCGCAGUCGAUUAUUGCCCAACUGAUCCGUGGAGUCGCGUUUCUUCAUAGUGAAGAUAUUGUACAUGGCGACCUUCAUCUAGGCAACAUUCUAGUCCCGUUUCCCGAAGCAAUUGAUCGUUUUCCGACGUCGGAGUUAUACAAAAAAUUCGGAGAGCCUGAGCCAGAGGCUGUUAUCCGCAUUGAUGGAAAUCCAUUGUCGGAGGGUGUACCAGCUAGUGUAUACAUACCCGGUUGGUUUGGCACUUGUAGCGAUGAUAUUAUUUUAGGAGAGGAGAAGAUCAUCAUUAGCGACUUUGGAGAAUCUUUCAAUCCGCACAAGACCCUUAGAUUAUCCUCAAAAACCCUCCCUAUCCUGCAGCCUCCUGAGGCCAGAUUCUCCGAUGAGCCUCUCUCUUUUGCCUCCGACAUUUGGACACUUGCCUGUACUAUCUGGGAGAUUUUUGGACAACGGCCUUUGUUCGAGGCUUUUUACGCUACUGCAGACCGAGUCACCGCAGAGCAAGUCGACGUCCUUGGUAUCCUACCUCCUGAGUGGUGGAAAAAUUGGAAGAGAAGGUUGGAAUGGUUCAAUGAGGACGGGGAGUUAAAUUUGAAACCAGGCUCGUCUUGGGGUCAGGAUGGCAUGCGUCGGACCUGGGAAGACAGGUUUGGUUACUGCAUACAGGAUCCUCGCGCUGAGGCGGGCCUAGAGACCGUAACAGAGCAAGAGAAGAGGGCUUUCGAGACGAUGAUUCGAUCGAUGCUAGUCUUUCGGCCGAAUGAAAGAGCGACAGCAGAGCAGGUUUUGCACUCCGAGUGGAUGAAAGGCUGGGGACAACCGGCGCUUGAAGAGAGUAGGGCACUGUUAAACCAGUGA